CAACAUCUAGGUCUUGUUCAAUAUCUGACAUGCUUUGCACCCCUGCAGCUGGACGCCACCAGGGCUCUGUCCAUAGAUAUUGCUCUCCUGACCCCGUGACCACCAGCUUCCCAUAUGAAGAUAUGUUGAUGUAUGUGUGCGCUAUAGGUCUGGAUUGUACUGCAUAGUAGCUGGGCUUGGGGUGAGGGUGGGGAACAAGCAGGCCGCUGUUCCCCGUCCAAUAUGCGGGCAGUGUGAAUAGCACUUAGACGCACCCGGCUCGUGCACCAAAAACACAACAAACACUACCACAGUAUUAACCCAAUCCAAGACUAACAAGACGCGUUCGCACCACCCACGGGCGCGUCCUCUCAACAACGGAAUAUGAUAACAAAGAACAUGGCAUCCGAAGCAGACAUAGACGGUGAGAUUGCAGAUCUCAAGGCUCGAGUGCAAAUGCUCAAGGGCCAGGUCCGGCUGCAAGCGAGCGUCCUCCUCACGGCAGGACCCACGCGACAGGCCAUCGCAACAGACACCACCGCUGCGGACCUGCAGGACCGCCUGGAAAAGCAGACCGCCUACGAUCAGCACUGUCUCUAUCGCGCCUGCGCCGGCAUCACCACCUUCCGCGUGCGCGACCCGGACCCAAACGCCGUCGACGGCGGCAACGUCCUGGGCGUGCGCAUCGAGGUCGUGGCCCGCUCAAGGUUCAUGCGCCCCUAUUUCGUGCUCCUGAACCGCCCCUACUCCUACGCCCGUGACGAGCCCAGGAGACGCUCCCUGCGCGUGCACCGCCACACCGUCCCGCCCUGCAUCCCCAUCGCCGCCCUGGCCGCGCGGUACCUGCCGGCGCCCCCGAAGCCCGCGCAUCCGGGUGGCGCCGAGGACGCAGCCGCCGCCUCUCGCGCGAGGCGCCAGGACCUCUCGCGCUUUGUGCGGUGUCUGCGCCGCGAGAUUGUGCGCUACCACAACCGCGUGUCCGUCAUUGCGGACCUGCGCAGGGCCGUGGGCCUGGACGGCAGGCGGAGGGAUGCCGAGGAGCUGGCCGAGGGAAGCCCGCUGCUGGCCAUCAGUGCCGCGGACACCGAGGCGAAGCAGGUCAGGGUCGACUGGAAGGACGGCCGGUCGGGCCGCCUCGUCAUUGGCGACGACGGCGACGUGGUCAAGCUGGUCGUGUUCGGGGACAUGGGCCGGGACCGUGAGCUUGCGCGGGAGCUGCUGGGUGACGGCGCGCGGCUGGAAGAUGUCGCUCUCAAGUUGGCAUCCGUAUGAAGGCCGCGCCAUCAACGGACAACCCAACCAUGCAGCCUGAGCUAGCUGCCACGGUUUGGGUUGGGAGCAGUGCUACGCAGGACCAGCCUCAACAGGGUCUUGAUGCCAUCAGACAAGCCUCUGCGUGCAUAAUGGCGUGCUUCUUUGCAGGCUCAGUGUAUACUUCGCCGCACAAUGUCCAACAGAGACGACCGCCAACAUGCUAUCACCUCUUUGCGAGCUCAAGGCCGUCCGUCGAUAUGCCUUGCGCUCUCAUGCCACUACUGACUUUCUCUUGUACAUUAUUCCUAAGAGAAAUAAUGCGGGUGGUUCUCGCGAUUGGGAGAGAUGCGUGGUAAUAUGCCGAAUAUCAGCCUCGUCCCAACCACCUAGAAAGCGUGACUGAUGUCGCUUGGAAAUCAGGGCUUCCCCAACCUUUGCGCCGCAUCCAAUAGCAAACGCCGAAUCUGCGAGAGCCGCCCGGCAAUGGGUAAGCUCUGGCAUCCCAGUGAAUCUUCGGGCGGGCAGAUGGGAUGGACAGUCUACCGCUGUCUACAACAGACGGGUAGGCGAAUUAGGGGCACUAAAAAAAGCACUCUACACACACACGAGGCCUUUGACGUGGAAGCUUUUUAUCGUCAUGCGGCUGUCUUAAAGGAGCAAACUAUAGCAUUGCAUUAUAUCAAACAAUGCCUGCAGCCUUUCCUUCUGGGUGGCUGGGCCCGAAGCAGGGAUUUGCCCACUUCCUUCACCUCGCAAUGCCUUGCCAGAAGGGUGGUCAGGGCCAAUGCAUGGGUGACGUCGUUGCCUUGGUCACUGAACAACGGAUGAACACGCGAACACGAAUACCGCGGUGCAGCCUCCAACCCCCCUUAGCUACCAGUGCGUUUCCGUCCGAUUGCAGCAACCCUUACACAGUCACAUCCAUUGUGACGGUGGAACUGCCACACCUUCAAAAGCUUCAUGCUCUCAUACUGGAGCCCCUGUGGCUUGUCUGCCUUUGGCUCAUCGAAGGUUAUUCUAUGGACCGUCUAGGUGGAGGCCGUCCCGUAGAGGGCUAUCUGAUAAGAGCACUUGAGGCUGUCAUGUGAGGGUCAACUUCUUACAGGAUGUUGUCUUAUAGGAGGUCAUCUUAUAGGAGGUUGUCCUUGAGGGGUUGCGGAGGACAAACCUAGGCACCUAGGUAUGCUGCGGCCCCGCGCAGUAGGUAGCUGAGCCGUGUACUUGAUAAACAAUACGUCACGGGCGAUGUUUAUAAGCAGUGUGCUUUGAAAUCAUUGCCGCUCGCUACCUUCGCCGUCAUCAUUCAAUCCACAAGCCGUGACCAUUUGUUUUGUUGGUCUGUAAUCAGUCAUAACCUCCGUCUCCCAAAAUCUUGGGCCAGUGCGCCAGGGUAUGCGUAGAGAAAAGAAAGGGGGAAAAUGUCUUGAUUAUAGGUACUACAAGAAGUGAAGAGGGAGAGAAAGAAAAAAAGACGCGGUGCCGCGUCUUUGCGGACGGUUUUCUUUGGUCCAUGAAGCGACAGUCCUUAGACCAUGGCGGCGAGCAAGGCGGCCAAGGCCACGCCAGCACCGACACCGUUGGAGGCAGCGCCAGCCGUGACGACGGGCGGGCGCGUUGCGGUCGUCGUGCCGUUGCUGGGAAGCGAGGCGGUAGGCCUGAUUGAUGUCCGUGUGGACAGGGUCGCCGGGGUGGUGGGCACGGGUGGCACGACGACGGGCGUGGAUGGGUUUGGUGAUGGGACAACGGGCGGGACAACGGGCGGCGCGGGCGGCGUCGCGAUAGGAGUUGUCGGGACUGGUGGGGGUGCGACGGGAGGAGUCUGGACCGGGAUUGGGAUGGGCUGGGUCUCGGUGACUGGGCAGAGCGUUGUCGAGACGGCGACGGUAACUGUGGUGUAUUGCUCUCCGGGGCAGUCAUCCACGUCGGGGGCACAUGAUGUGAUUGUGUGAGUCUGGGUGGCAUAGAUGGUGGAGUAGGUCAUCUCGCCGCCGCCGCCGCCGUGGCCGUGAGUCUUUGUGUGCUCGCCAGAGUCCUUGGUUGUGCAGUCCUUGUCACCGCCGCCGUGGCCCCAGGUUCGGCCGUUGAGGAACCUCUUCCAGCCACCCUUGUUGCCGUAGUCCUCGCAGUUGUCCUUGUCGCCAUCAUCACCAUCAUCACCACCGCCACCGGUACCCCAUGUUGCGACAGCAGUGCCGGCCAGGAAAGUGAGGGUGUACAGAGACAGCUUCAUGGUGAAUGUGUGAAGGGUAGAAGCUAUAAGCUUGCUGCUGCUAAAAGAGAAUAUUGUCGUUCCGGUCUUGGUGUAGUAACAGCGUAGCAAGGGGGGGGGGAGAGGAGGAGUAGGUGAAUAUGAACAGGAGUUGUGUUGGUGGAAUGAACUCGAGAGGGUUGACUUGCUACGGAGUAUGCUCGCCUUUUGAACCCGUCGCACUCAACGCCAUGAGCAUAGACUUCAUUUAAAAUGUAACCUACCCAGGUAGCAAGGCGUGACUGCGCCGCCGCCGGAUUAUUCAAAGUGCUAUAGCGUGACCCCAGGUGCCGUGUCGUGGAGGUGGCUGGCGUCGGCGUCGGCAGCGCCAGGGGUAAGGGCCUUGUAAGCCAUGCCAGGGGGUGGCCCGUCUUGCCCGUCAAUCCAAAAUAGCACGGCGCAAUAACAAAGCGUAUGCCCUACUACAGCUAGGGGAGACCUAAUGCAGACGCGCACACAGAGGCUGUCCGUCAUUGGGCACAUGGUUGGUCGAUCCUGUUGGCUGGAUCCCCUGACGAUCUUGGAGAUCAUGGUAGGCACAGCUUGGGCUAUUGGAAGAGGCUGCCGCGGGCGGACGUCCUGUAAUGUCCGGUUCUUGUGACGUCGGGCCUGGAUAGGUUCAUCGCAAGGCGGGCUGGCGGGCUGGGCGGCAGCUCGAUCUGCCAGCAUCGCGGGGCCUCAUCGGCUGCCAAGCAGCAGCAUCACAUGUGUUGAUGUGGUGUUUGCCAGUGAGGCUGCUCGGGUUUGCCGGUCUUGUUUGACAUCAUCAACCAAACGUCCGAAGUCGACAACCUUGCUUGACGUACGAUCUGAAGUUGUUGUCCAGUCACCUGGGCAAGAACUGGCCGCUGCCGGGUCCCCUGGACGUUGG